AUGCGCAAGUUCAGAAGAGCCAGUCCACCAAGGAUGAUGUUGGGAGACCAGGGGAUUCAAGAAGCAGAGUGCCAGAGGCCCAUCCACCCUGGAGCUGUGGACAGUGAUGAAGCUUUGGCGAUGCGUCUGCAGCAGGAGCUGGACAGAGACACACGAGCUGUGGAUCUGGAGGACGAGGGACUGUUCUUUUGUCAACUCUGCAACAAGAACCUCUCACACAUGACGCCCGACGGACGCACACAGCACAUUAACAGGUGUUUAGAUGAAGAAGAGCACAUAGCACCUGCGCCGGCCCCAGGAAUCAUGGAAUGCCCCAUUUGUGGAAAGAGAUUUAAGUCGGAAAAGAAUCGAGCGUCCCACAUGAAGCGUUGCUCCUCUGAUAUGGGGGUCCCCCCUGCUGUGCUGAUGCAGGCUCUGCAGCGACAGGCAGAGGAAACCCACAGCAGCUCAGCCACAAAUACACAGACUGCAGGUCAAAAACGAAAAGGUUCAAAGUCAAACAUGCCGGCAAGUAAGAAGCCUAGGAAGAAGCCUGGACAUAUGGAUGAAGACACAAUGAUGGCGAUUGCGCUGUCGUCAUCACUGCUGGAACAAGAAAAACAGCUGAAUCUUCAGGAUGCAACUGCCCCCAGCACAUCAAAGAGUCCAGCCCUGAAGUGGAACGCAGAUGCUGGAAAAGGACGCAGCAAAAAGAAAAGAGGCGCAAACGCUCGGCCUCUUCCGCUGCUACUUGUGCAGGAUCCAGGAGCAGCUGCAGCCAAGAUACAAGAACGUGUCUCUACUCUACUGCUCUGCACUCGAGCUCCAUCUCCUCCCGCUCCCACGCGGUGCACCUCCACUUUGUCUGGCCAGAGUGGUGCUGCCCCCCUUUGGCAGAAAAGUGCAUUGCUCUCAGGAUUGCGCCCAACUGACUUUUAUGUCCCGGCGCUUCUAGACAUUGUAGCUCCCCAAGAAUCUUCAACGACUGUUGUGAGUGGGGAAGUUGCAGCCACUCCAAUACUGAAGUCAAGAACUUCUUGUGCCUCCAUCGUGCCCUCCCAGAUGGGCUGCUCCUCUCCUCUGUCCACUCCGGGCCCCGGGCGGCAGAUCCCUGGAGGCAGUCAGGCUCUUCAAGACCUCAUGGAUUUGGCUGAGGAUGGGAUGACACUGACGCAGUACGGUUACUCCACCACAGAGCUUACAAAAGACCAGCAAAGCGGCAAGAAGCACAUCUCACGCUUACAUUCAUUUGUUGUGGAGAAAGAGGAGGAGCUCAGUAACGAUCACGUGAGCGGAUUCUUACCUGAAACCGUUGACGAUGAUCAUAAAGAACAGCGGGAAGAGGAGGAGGCCAGACAAAAAACACGGCUCUUGGCGAGACUCGCUGUGGACUUGGGCUCCAUGGUCAACAACCCUCAGCUCAGUGAUGUGCAGCUACAGGUGGACAGUGGGGAAGUCUACUUUGCUCAUUCCUUCAUGGUGUAUGCGCGCUGCCCUCUGCUGGCUGAGAUGAUGCAUGAGAGUGGUUUUGGGGUGCAGGAGGAGGGCGUGCCUGCUGCUCAGAGGGUGCUGCUGAACGACGUCCCGGGACCGGCUGUGUUGGCCCUGCUCCAGUUCCUCUACACUGCAAAGUGCUCCGUUCCUCCUUCACUGCGGCCUUACAUCCUCGAACUGGCUUCCAGGUUUGACUUAAAAGAUCUCCAGGACUUUUGCCGGCUUCCAGAGACCGUGUUUGAGAGCGGGGACUGCGAGCGUCUAAUCACACACACGGACAAGGACUUCGCCGAGCUUCUGCGCUCCAUGUGGCAUGAGGAGGACCCCGAAGACGCCGACCACCAUUCUUUGGACGACAGUAAGGAGAUGGAGGACCACCCUGGGGACAUCUGCUCGGGCGACGGAGAAAUACAAGAGGACAAAGUGAACGAGGACGAACUGGAGGAGAUUUACGAGUUUGCUGCUACUCAGAAAAAGAGAGAGGAAGAAAACGAGGCAGACAGUGGAGAUCCACCAGAGAUAUCCACAAGUCCGCCUAAGAUCCAUGAUGCAAACACUGAGAAUGUUGUUAACACCAGUCUGGAUCGAAGCUACAGUCGCCUUUUCUCAGAAACUUGGGGUGAUUUUGAGGAAAAACCAGAACAAAAGUCUCAUCUGCCUGCUCGUCUCGUAUCCUCCGAAAUGUCGGCCAGAACGUUGCUUCAGUCCUCAGCGAGUGUGAUUGAUAAGCUGUCUCCGACUCCUCCUCCUAAUGCACAGAACCUGCCUGUACCUGGACAAAGUUUUAUGGAUGAGCCUCCUAUGGCUUUCAAUGACUCAUGGGGCCUUGAUGCUUGUGCGGAAAACCCCUGCUUUAGUCUCAAACUCGACGACAGCGAAGGCUCUGAUCAGCAGCAGCGUAGUCUGGAGAAUAUCAAAAUGGCUACUCCGCAAUCUAUGAAUGCCGGGAUAAGCUCUUCUGCAUCCCCACACAGAAUGUCAACCGAAACAUCUGUUAUUUUGCCUCCUGAAAUUGAAGCACCUCAAGACGUCAACAACAUACUCAUGGACUCCAAAGUCUGGGACAGUUGGGACGAUGAAGAUGAGAAGGAUACGUUCCCAUCGCUGUCUGAGAGACUGAAGCCUCCGGUGCAAUACAAGACCCCAAUCUCCAAAUUCAAAAAUCGACAAUCUCUUGUUCCCAUUACUCCUUUGCCUCACUAUUCCGACAUGGACACACCCGAGCUGAAGAACAAAUUGAACAAAUUUGGAGUUCGACCGUUACCUAAACGCCAAAUGGUUUUAAAGCUGAAGGAGAUCCACCAGUACACCCACCAGCUGGUCAGUUCGGACUCUGAGGAUGAGGCGCCCUCUGCUGGUCAAACCAUCCCAGCAGCAGUCAGACAGACUUCUUGUGCGAUUCCAAAGUUCAAAAAGCCCUCAGCAGUAACUACCUCUCCUCUUAAACAACCGACGGAGGACGAGCCACUGUCUGCCUCUCAGGGCUCAAACACCUCCUCCACCGCAGAAUCAGAAAGAUCAAACCCAGAGAUCGUGCAGUUGUCUGAUGGGGACUCGGACAGUGACGGGGGCGUGUCUGCCUCUCAGUCGGCCUCCCGUCUGCAGGACCGGCUGCAGGCUGUUCGAACCUUUAUUAUGUCUGAUUCUUCUCUCUACAACAAGAUCCUUCAGUACCAGCCCCUGGUCCUGACUCAGCUUCAGCAACAGCUGAAGACAGCUGGGAUUCGUCUUGGUGUUAGUAAACUAGCAGACUACCUGGACUCUCAGUGCAUCACCUUCACCACAGCCAAACCAGGACAGUCCGCCCCCAGCCGCCGCCGGGUCAAAAAGAACAAGGGUGAGACUGCAGUGAGGCGUAAAAAGAACACUGCAGCCGCACACUAA